AUGGGCUCCGCUCACCCGUGCAUUGCAGGCAUCAACAUCUAUCAGCCAGCGCCCCCUACUGGUCCCACCCAGCAACCCCUGCAGACUCUGGGCAAUUUCCGUGGAUGGGACAUUAGAACUGAAAAGCUCCAGCAGAACCUCAGCUGGACAGUGAAGCAGCAGUGUGUGGAUCUCCUGGCCGAGGGCCUGUGGGAGGAGCUGCUGGACGAUGAGCAGCCUGACAUCACCGUCAUGGACUGGUACGAGGACAGCCGGCUGGACACAUGCGUCUAUGAGCUGCAUGUCUGGCUGCUGGCAGCUGACCGCCGCACAGUCAUCGCACAGCAUCACGUGGCCCCCCGGACCUCUGGGAGAGGUCCCCCUGGCCACUGGGUCCAGGUGUCCCACGUAUUCCGCCAGUAUGGCCCUGGCGUACGCUUCGUCCACUUCCUGCACAAGACUAAGAACCGCCUGGAGCCCAGGGGGGUGUGGCGGACAAGGGUGACUGACUCCUCUGUGUCUGUGCAGUUCAGGGAGUGACUGGCUGACUCCAUGCCUGUCCUGAAGCCUUGUCUCAUCUACCCACCCCUUGACACCUCCCUGAGCCCUUAGCACCUCUGACUCCAUAGCAUCUCCCUGACCCUUAGAGUCCCCACCCUUAGACCUCCCUGGCCCUCAGCACCACUUGACUCUCUUCAUGACCCCCCAGCACCUCCUUGAUUGCUUUCUACCCCCUCAACCCUUAACCUGCCCGGCCCUUGGCCUCUCAUUUGACAUCUUCGAGCAUCCUCGAAUGGCUGACUCUGGUAUUUCACCUGCACUCUCUGAGCUCUAUGAGGGCAGGGGCCACCCCUUCCAAAUGCAGUGCUUGGCAGAAAGUGGUGCCCAGCAGAUCUUCAUCGAGUGAAUGAAUAAGUGCAUGUGCCCAGGGGUGCCGAGCGCUUCCUUGGCCUUUGCUCCCUAGAACUUCACUCAGUUCACAUCCCAUUCUCAUAACCUCGAAUCCUUGAUCUGGUGGCACUUUCACAACUGCUGGACCCUGGCACUGACCUUGACCUCUGACCUCGUCACACAUCUUCAGCUGUGGCCUCUUAGCAUCUCCACUUACCUCUUCUCCCUUCUCUCAACUCUCAGAUUCUCCCUGAUUUCCCCUGCUCCCU